AUGAAGCGCAGUCAUUACGCUUGCGACCAGUGCCGGAGGUCGAAGCGAGCUUGCGAUGCACCACCUCUCCUUGGUCCCGGAGCUUCGAGACGCCGCCCCAUAACAACCGGCGAACCGCUUGGGCCAGCGUCUGAGAGGGACCACGAGGCCUGUUCUUAUUGUACCAAGACAAAGAAAACAUGCACCAUGAAUUGGGCUUGGGCACAAUUGCAGCCUGCCUCCCCAUCAAGUAAUGCUAACUCCGCGGUAUAUUCGUAUAAGACAGAUCGUGAUCUCAAUACUGCGACCAAGAGGCAAAGACCAGAUCCGCUGGCGCCACAUUUAACCACGGACUUCAUGUCCUCGCCCACGCGUAUCCAUGGCACAGAACAACCUGUUCAAGAUCCAAAUCGUCUUAAACAAAAGCCACGAUUACCCAGUCUUUAUACAGUCACUCAUUCCUCAACCGCAACGGUUACUUCGAGCCACUCAGCAGGUCCAGGCCUUGAAAUUUCGCAGACACAAAGUAAUGCAAGACGUUCAAGCAGCUCGACCAACUUACCUGAUCACUACUUAUCAUCUCAUUUACCACCUAACGAGUCGCCAAUGUCGAUUCAGUCUCAAGUCAACCACUGGUCUACUCUCCAGCAGUCAGUUACCAAAGACUCCCAUAGCCAAGGAUCUAUAUCACGAUCUACGAUUGGCAAUACUGAUGACGAAGACAAAGCAAUCAGAGCAAAGCGUCGUCGUACUUCAUCAACAUGGAGUGAUCGCCGCCAACCCUCUUUAUCUUCCUUCUCUGUUGACCAGACUAUGAUGACCAGAUCCAACAACGAGUAUAUAUCUACAAAUCUUUUGCAAAUCUAUCAUGACGUACUUGAGCACAAUCUUUCUUGCUGGCUUACGGAAGUUACCUGCCCCUAUAGGGCACCUGGCUAUGUGACAGGUGGUAUACAUGCUCCAACAGAAUGGGGAUCAUCAUGGUCAAAUCGCAUAUACCGUCGUACCAUCAACCUUGAUCACGCAAUCCAGACCGCAAAACUUACAAAGCUUACCCGUGCUGAGGAUCAAGCUGCAGCUAAAGCCUUCCAGCUUUCAAUAAUGGCAUUUGCCACUCAAUGGGCUCAAGGCAGUCGUCGUCAGCAGCAGCGUUAUUCUGGCGAUGAUAAUGGGGUACCAGAUGAUAUACUUAAUGAUGUCACGGAGGAGUUCGACCGCAACAUUCAGCGAAACAUCUGGGAGCAAGCUAAAAGGGCUCUUCAAGAAGUUGCCGAUGUGGAAUCAUAUCGUGUGGCCACUGCAGAGCUGAUAUUUGGUUUGACGCAGAAGCCUUGGACUCGUGACGAUGAACCUAUGAGAACGAAGAGUAACCCCAAUACACUGACCAAUGCUCAAGCGAGAGUUGAUAUGACAGCCCUAAAUUCUGAGCUAGGGGAUAUCAUUUCACGAGAUGGCCUGCCAGUCUUCAUAGAGAGAGCUGCCCGCAAAAUGCACGCUCUGAAAUUCCGGUUCGACUCUGGGCGACGCGGUGUGACUGGAUCUCUUACCCGGCAAAAGAAUAACGAUUCGCUCUCAAUGAUGAAUCCCGAAGAUCGUGGAACUGUUGGGCUCCUGUACUGGCUUGCCGUCAUGCUUGAUACUGUUUCGUCGUCUAUGAGCGAACGUCCAGUUGUGGUAGCCGACGCAGACAGUCAACAUGACGACGCAGAUGAGGACCUUGACGCAACGACGAACGGACGAUGGAAUGUCCCACUGUUCAUCCAAGAUAGCCUGGAACAGCCGCAUAUGUAUCAUACGAUACACUGGCCUUGCUCAUACGAAUCCGCUGCUGAGGCUGUUACCAAGUCAGCACCCGUCAAGGUCCUACUCUUCCGACACAUUUCAUAUCUUCAGAACAUUUUGAGGAGGGGUGGCCGAGGAGUCAAAGUUGAAGAAACUAUCAAAACUACUACCUCGCUGUAUCGGUAUUGGAACAUGACACACGGAGCUUUCUUUAAAGAACUGCUAUAUGACUACGAAACAGUUCCUGGCCGUCUUCAGAGCUGGUUCGUUUGUAUUUCUGGCCAUUGGAAUCUUGGUGCUCUCAUGCUCGCCGACCUUAUCGAAUACGUGGACGAGAAUGAGCUAGGAGAACCAACAGCAUCCCAUGGCCGAGUGUCCAGCAAGAUGGUUACAAGAAUACGGGAAUCGAGUGCGCGAGAGUUGUCUGACUUGGCCAAGGUAUCGACCCCUGCUCAGAACCUAGGCAGCAUGACUGCACCGCAAAUGACACAUUUUCACCAUGCUGUGAACGAGGCAACAAUUCUUACAGAGCCCUGGACCAUUUUACUCAUCAGGGCCUUCGCUAAGGCCGCCAUGAUACUUAUUAAUGAAGCUAAAGAUUUCCUGGAAUAUGGUAUGACUGCACCGGGAAAUACUGGUCAUGACUUUCAAGAGAGUAUGCGUCGUGCACAGGAAUGCGUUAAAGGACUUUGGAUAUUGGGCAAAAAGUCUGAUAUGGCAAGGAGGUCGGCAGAUACGUUAGUUGCAGCGAUGAAGAAGUUGAAAGUUUAG